AUGCUAUUCUCAAGCUGUUCGUCUAGCUGCAAGUGCACAAGUGAAUGCACUAACAAGCCGUUCCAACAAAGACGUAUCAAGAAAAUGAAGUUAGUUCAGACGGAGAAAUGUGGAUAUGGGAUUGCAGCAGAUGAAGAUAUUAAUCCAGGAGAUUUUAUAAUUGAAUAUGUUGGGGAAGUUAUUGACGAUAAGACUUGUGGAGAAAGGCUUCGGAAGCUAAAGCACAAGGUUGAGACAAACUUCUACUUGUGUCAGAUAAACUGGAAUAUGGUGAUUGAUUCUACUUACAAGGGGAACAAAUCAAGAUAUUUCAAUCACAGCUGCAAUCCUAACACUGAGAUGCAGAAAUGGUUUGUUAACUUAUUAACUAUCAUUCAUCUUAUCCCUUUUCUUCCGAUCAACGUAACAUUGUUUGUAUCCAUUAGGAUAAUUGAUGGAGAGACAAGGAUUGGCAUCUUUGCCACCCGUUACAUAACCAAAGGAGAGAACUUGACCUAUGAUUACCAGUUUGUUCAGUUUGGUGCAGAUCAAGAUUGCUACUGUGGUGCAGUAUGUUGCAGGAAACAGCUAGGUGCAAAAGCUAGAAAAACUAAGAACAUACCCUCUGAUGAAGCUGUGAAAUUGAAGUCCAAGGUAAGAUUUAAAUUGAAAUAUAUAAGGAAAAACAAUUUGGAUGCGACAGGACAAUCUCGGAACUAUCUGAGCGAAGGGAAAACAUGUCGCCCAAACUGCAUUGGUGUGGUUUUCAUGUUGGCACGUCCCACGAACCAGAGGUGUUUUGGCAUCAUUAGACAAUUUGAUGAGUUUUCAAAAAAGCACUUGGUCACGUACGAGGAUGGUGUCACCGAGACUAUUGACAUGUCUAGAGAAGUUUGGGAGCUCAUAACUAUUUGA